GAGUUUCAAGUUUGGUUUUGUGACCAAAAGUAGGUUAGAUGGUUUCAAAUCAAAGUGACAAACAUUUUUUGACCUAAGAAAUUCAAGGCCCAACGCCAGUUGCUGCAUAAAUCUUUUACAGACUUUUUCCGGGAGUCUCUGGCGUUUUUGUAUGAACUGGGAAAGGUCGCCGCCAUCACAAAAUUCUAGUAUAAUAUAGAUGUACCUGGAAUGAAAAUUUUUUUUAUAACUUUUGAAAUUGAAGAGUGGAAGUAAAGAUAGAAAACAACAAAAAUUGAAAAAAUGACAAAUUAUUACAUAUGUCUGUUAUAAAAAUAGGGGUUUGAAGAAAAAAAUUGGACAUAUGGCAGAGUCAAACACAAGGUCGACACUGUUGGUUCAUCCUGGCGUCUACUGAGGUUUCCCACAUAACCCUUACUGGAAUGAAGCGUCACCAUGAAGUGAUGGAUUCAGAGGAGGAGACUCUUUACGACGAUGUCGACUCUGGGAACGAAUCCAGCGGAGACGACGUUGACUUUGCCAUGGAAGUAGAGAGCAAUAACGCGAGAGAGAGGCAGCCGGAGAUCGACGACUACCCGUUUGAAGUCCUCUCGACGGAAGAGAUCGUCCAGCAUAUGAUUGAUUGCAUUAAGGAAGUCAACACGGUCGUCGAGAUCCCGGCAACAACUACUCGCAUUCUCCUAAAUCACUUCAAAUGGGACAAAGAAAAGCUGAUGGAAAGAUUCUAUGAUGGAAACCAGGAACAGCUUUUCUCCGAAGCGAGGGUAGUCAAUCCUUUCACAAAGCCACCCGUCAUCACAAAACCAAAGGUAUUGAAACAGUCAAACUCUGGAACCGAAGACUGUGAAAUAUGUUAUAUGGUGCUGCCUGCUCCGAUGAUGACUGGGCUGGAGUGUGGCCACAGGUUUUGUACUCAGUGCUGGGGCGAAUACCUCACCACGAAGAUCAUGGAAGAGGGCGUAGGCCAAACUAUUGCCUGCGCAGCUCAUGCUUGCAACAUCCUUGUUGACGAUGCCACCGUAAUGCGCCUUGUACGAGACUCCAAAGUCAGGCUCAAAUACCAGCAUCUCAUCACAAACAGCUUUGUUGAAUGUAAUAGGUUAUUGAGAUGGUGCCCAUCACCAGACUGCAAUAAUGCAGUAAAGGUGUCUUACGUUGAGGCACGACCGGUAAUGUGCAAAUGCUUGCACACUUUUUGCUUUGCAUGUGGAGAGAACUGGCACGAUCCUGUCAAAUGCCAUCUCUUGAAGAGAUGGAUUAAGAAGUGUGAUGAUGACUCGGAAACUUCAAACUGGAUUGCAGCCAAUACUAAAGAAUGUCCAAAAUGCAAUGUCACGAUUGAGAAAGAUGGAGGUUGCAACCAUAUGGUGUGCAAAAAUCAGAACUGUAAGGCUGAUUUCUGUUGGGUCUGCCUUGGUCCCUGGGAGCCACACGGUUCUUCCUGGUACAAUUGCAAUCGAUAUGAUGAAGAGGAAGCCAAGGCUGCUAGGGAUGCCCAAGAAAAAUCUAGAGCCGCUCUUCAACGGUAUCUAUUUUACUGCAAUCGCUAUAUGAACCAUAUGCAAUCGUUAAAAUUUGAACAUAAGCUGUACGCAUCCGUUAAGGAAAAAAUGGAAGAGAUGCAACAGCACAAUAUGUCCUGGAUAGAAGUUCAGUUUCUGAAACGGGCUGUCGAUAUAUUAUGCCAAUGUAGACAAACCCUUAUGUACACUUACGUGUUUGCCUAUUACUUAAGGAAAAAUAAUCAGUCAGUUCUCUUUGAGGACAACCAAAAAGACUUGGAAAGUGCAACAGAAACAUUAUCAGAAUAUUUAGAAAGGGACAUUACUUCUGAAAAUUUAGCUGAUAUUAAACAAAAAGUGCAAGACAAAUACAGGUACUGUGAAAGUCGGCGUAAAGUAUUACUAGAGCACGUUCAUGAAGGAUACGAGAAAGAUUGGUGGGACUACACUGAACAGUGAUUAUAGGUUUUUAAAAGACAAGUGUGAUAUUCUAGUGUGGACGUUAACACACUUAGCAUUAAUUUAAAAUAUAUACCUACCGAUAGAAAAUAAGUGUACAGAACUGUUUAAAAAGAAUAUAUUUAUAUAUUAUAUAACAUAUACAUAUAUAUUCCAUACAAAUAAUGUUGAAUAUACAUGUAUAGUAGAUAUAAAUAUUUUAUAUGUAAUAAUUGGAAAAUUUUUAAAACCUAUGUAAGUAAUUGUGUUUUAAUAACAACUUGUGAUCAUUUUUCCUUUUAUUUAUAUAUAUUAUUAUUUUAUUAUUAUUAAUUUUUUUUUUAUAUGGUUAGUCAGAAAUUCCUCAUAUAUUUUCAAAGUGCCGAUUUAACAAAAAUAAAUAUAAAUAAAGCACGCUUCAUGUAAAUUGUAGUCACCAGUAUGCAAUUGUACUGGCGGUAAUGA